AUGGCGGUUGACCUGGACGACAUCCCUCUCCUCAAGGCGGCGCUUGCCAAGAUGCCGAACGUCCCGCGGCUGGACAUCCCGGGGAUCAUUCGCGCGCUCUGGAACUGCCUCCCUUCGAUGGCCGCCUGGCUCGAGGCCUUCGGGAACAUCUUCGACGGCACCUCGGUCUUCCUCGCCGAGAUGUGGACGGACAGGCUGACUCCCGUGCUCCGGGACAUUGCCGCCGGGGUGCGGGGCAUGCCCGGGAUGGUGCGCGGCUUCUUCAUCUCGUUCCACAACGCCUGGUGGCCGGUUGCGCUAUCCGUCUGGGGAGCGUUCUGCGGGAGCCUGGGGUCCCUCGCGGCCUCCCUCUGGGGCCGCGCCCGCGCCGUUCCCCCGCUCUUCCUUGCCCUGCUCCAGGCCUUCGGCGGCGUGCUCGAGGGCCUGCCGUCGCUGCUGCUGCUGGUGCUGCGGCGCGCCCUGGUGCGGCUCUCGGGCAAGCUCCACUCCCUCCUGGGCCUCCUGGUUCUCGGCGCCGGUUACCUGGGCCAAGGGUUGGCGUUUCUCGGAGGCCUCGCCUGGCGCGGGGCGGGCCACGUCGGGAGCCUGUUCCUCUCCCUCGGACACGUCGCCGCCUACCUCGCCGCCUGCCUGGCGCAGCUCCUGUCCUUCGCCGGCGUCUCGGUCGGGGUCCGCAUCGGCCUCCUGAGGCAGGCGUUCGUGGCCCUGGGCCUCUGGACAGCCCGCGGCCUCAGCUACGUCUGGCAGGCGGUCAUCUUCCUCGGGAUAGUCACCGGGCGCGGCCUCGGCCACCUCGGGAAGGCCUUCUACGCCCUCGGCGGGGAGAGCCUGGAGGGCCUCUUCUCGUCCGCCGGGAUACUGAUGGACAGCCGGUUAGGACUCCUGUUGGAAGCUCUCGCGACCCUCGGAGGCCUCGGCGUGGCGACGGUUGCCGGCGGGUUAUCGUUCGUGGGCGAAACCGUUGGGGGAUUCUUGGGCCUCUUUGGGCUCGUCGGGGUGGGCGCGGCAAGGGUCGGGUCCUUUGGGGCGGGGUUGUUCCGGGGAGUCUACGGGAUUGUUGCCGCGAUCGAGUGGACAUUCUGGCCGGUGGUGGCGCUCGUGGCGUCGAUUAUCGCGCUCAUCAUGUCGGGCGCGUGGUGGAGGUCGUCCAGGACUGCUGCAUUGCUAGCGGCAAAGGCAAUGGCGGCGGAGAACGAGUUUGCUGCUGCCCGUCUCUCGGCGGCCCUCAACAGAGAGAGCGUCAAGACGGCGGACAGAGCAGCUGCGAGGGCGAGGACGGCGGCUGCGGCGGCGACGAUGAGAGCGGAGGCGGCGGAGAGGGCGAAGCGGCACUUGGAACGCGCUGAGGGCGGGAGGCACAGCAGGAGCAGCCGUGCCAGUGUCGAGGAUAGGUUGCUCAGCGGUGUCAGCCGUGGUGGUGUCGACGACAGGAGGCUCAGCGGUGUCAGCCGUGACGGCAGGAGGAUCAGCGGCGUUCACGGUGAGGACAGGAGACACAGCGGUGUCAGCCGUGCCAGCGUUGACGACAGGAGGCUCAGCGGUGUCGAUCGUGAGGGCAGGUUGCUGAGUGGUAUCGACGAUGUCAGCGCUGAGGACAGGAGGCUCAGCGGUGUCAGCCGUGCCAGCGUUGACGACAGGAGGCUCAGCGGUGUCGGUCGUGAGGGCAGGUUGCUCAGCGGCAUCGACGAUGUCAGCGUUGAGGACUUGAGGCAGAGCGGUGUCAGCCGUGCUAGUGUGGAUGACAGGAGGCUCAGCGGUGUCAGCCGUACCGAUGCGGAGGACAGGUUGCUUAGCGGUGUCAGCCGUACCGAUGCGGAGGACAGGUUGCUUAGCCGUGCCAGUUUGGACGACAGGAGGAUCAGCGGUGUCAGCCGUGCUGAUGUUGAAGACAGGAUGCUCAGCGGUGUCAGCCGUGCUGAUGUCGGGGACAGGAGGCUUAGCGGUGUCAGUCGUGCUGAUGUUGAAGACAGGAUGCUCAGCGGUGUCAGCCGUGCUGAUGUCGAGGACAGGAUGCUCAGCGGUGUCAGCCGUGCUGAUGUGGAGGGCAGGAUGCUCAGCGGUGUUAGCCGUGAUGGCAGGCUGCUCAGCGGCAUCCACGGCGAGGACAGGAGGCACAGUGGGGUCAGCCGUUCCAGUGUGGAGGACAGGUUGCUCAGCCGUGCCAGUGCUGAGGGCAGGAUGCUCAGCGGUAUCGACGACGUCAGCGUGGAGGACAGGAUGCUUAGCGGUGAGGACAGGAAGCUCAGUCGUGCCAGUGUUGACGACAGGAUGCCCAGCGGCGUAAGCCGUGCAAGCGGUGGUAGCGCCAGCGGUAGCGGCGGCGAGGACAGAAAGCUCAGUGGCGUUAGCCGCGGUAGCGGCGGCAGCGCGGAGGGCAGGAUGCCCAGCGGCGUCAGCCGUGCGAGUGCUGGCAGCCUCGGCGGUGGCAGUGGCGAGGGCAGGAAGCUCAGCGGCAGCGGCGUCGGCGACCUCAGCGCCGAGGACAGGAUGCUCAGCGGAAGCGUAGAGGGCAAGGUGUUCGGCGGGGGCGUCAGCGAGGACAAGCAGCUCGGCCGUGUCAGCGGCGUUAGCAGCGUCGAGGAACGGAUGCUCCGCGGUGUGAGCGGCGUCAGCGUUGACGACAGGAUGCCCAGCGGCGUCAGCCGCGGCAGCGGGGGAAGCGGUGUCACCAGCGGCGCCGGCAGCGAAGCGGGAGCGGCGGCGGACAUGUGCGACAUCGUCGAGAAGACGGCGGCGGCGGCGGCGGCGGCGGUGGCGGGAGCGAUCGCGGUGGCGAGGAGCCUGGACAGUCAAAGGCAAGAGAGCAAGGAACAACAAGCUCACGAGCAGGAGCAAAAGCAAAAGCGACGGCAGGACGACCACGAAUCAGGGGCAGAGUGCCAGCAGCAGCAGCAGCAGCAGCAGCGACACGCUCGACGCGCCGCCGGCAAGAAGGUUCCGCUGACGGCGGACAUGACUGUGGCGGAGCUGAACCGCAGCCUCACUACCGGACAGAGGCGGCGCACCAGCGGGCUGUGCAGACGCAUCGCUGGUCUUGGGAGGGUGGACCUGCUCCGCUGUGCCGUGGAGAACGGUUGCGUGAUGGACGAAGGGACGUGCCGGAGCGCCGCGCUUAAGGGACACCUCGAGCUGCUACAGUGGGCAAGGGCGAACGGCGCCCCCUGGAACAGCGAGACUUGCACCGAUGCCGUCCGCGGCGGGCACUUGGACAUCUUGCAGUGGUUGCGCGCUCACGGCUGCGAAUGGGACAGGUCGACAUGCGGGAGCGCUGCGGCGCGAGGUCACCUCGAAAUCCUCAAGUGGGCCAGGAACCACGGGUGCGAGUGGGACGAGACCACGUGUAACAACGCCGCCAUCAACGGCCACCUCAAAGUCCUCCAGUGGCUUCGCUCGAACGGGUGCCCCUGGGACAGCUACACCUGCAGCAGCGCCGCCGGCAUGGGUCAUUUCGAUAUCUUGAAAUGGGCGCGAGCGAACAUGUGCCCUUGGAACAGCGACACCUGCGGAAACGCGGCUAAUGGGGGUCACCUGAACAUCCUGCGAUGGGCAAGGGAGAACGGCUGCGACUGGGACGAGUCUACCUGUGCGAGUGCGGCGGUAGACGGCCACCUGAACAUCCUCAAGUGGCUCCGACAGAACGCGUGCCCAUGGGACGAGACGACUUGCUCCGCGGCCGCUGGAAGGGGCCAGCUGGACGUGUUGGAAUGGGCUCUCAACAACGGGUGCGAAUGGGACGAGGAGGCGUGCAGCAGCGCGGCGGCGGGGGGGCACCUCUUCGUGCUCCAGUGGCUGAGAUACCACGGGUGCCCGUGGGACUCCAGGACGUGGAAGAGCGCCGCUGCGGAAGGUCACGAGGACGUGGCGCACUGGGCGAAGGUCAACGGCUGCCCGCGGUAG